CAUGACAACAACUUGCCAUCGACACCGAAUUCUCGAUAAAGGCGGGUCGACCCAGUUUGGGAGAGUGUAUUUCCGCAGCGCUGUUGAGAAGUCACUUCCGGUGCUCUCGGAUGUCAUGUCACCCCACCUUGAGCGAUUCAAUACUCUGAUUUUGGAUGCAGAUCGCAUCAAGCGUGCCGAGGACUGGCUUCCGCUAAUGCAAGCGUUCAAGGCCAACACCGAUCUGCUUGGCAUCAAGGUCUUUUCAAAUCACGGUGGCGAGGACCCUCGCUCGGUCAUGGCUAUUCAUAGCACCCAUUCCCAGCCACAAGAGGGCACCCACAGACCGGCGAGCUCUUGGUCAAGCUCGUGUCAGCCGGGGGGCUUUCGCAGCAGGUAUCCAAUCGUCUCAGGACCUGGGCCUGCUGGGCCAAACAAGGUCUCUAGGGAGAGAGAUUCCGCGAGGCUCAAGCCUGCAAUUCUUCUGGAUGGCAAGAUUCACGUCAACCUCUGUCGAUGUAUCGCCAGAUGCCUAUCCCAAAACAAAGUGAUCACACAUCUCGACUUUGCCGGGGUCUAUCUUAUGCCAUCGGCCCUCAGGAUGCUAGCACAGGGCCUGGAAAACAACAACACAAUCAAGUCGCUGUCGCUGGCCCGAUGCAGUAUCGGUGAUGAAGGCGUGGCUCUUCUGGCGCCGUCCAUCAAAGGCUCGCGUGUACUCACGACCCUGAUUCUUGCAGCAUGCCGAAUUACCGAGCGAGGGGCUUCGAUCUUGGCCGAGUUCUUGAAGAACCAGGCAGUUCGACGGCAAGCAGCGCAGUGGUGGAUGACGCUGCGUGCAAGUGACCAUGAUCUUCUCGAGCUUCAAAAACAAAUCCAGCGUGACCAUCCAAUUCCGCUCAAGCGACUGAACCUGUGCAACAAUAUGAUUCAGGACCGUGGUGUGGACUGCCUGAUGGAGUCCCUGAGAGAGGAAAUCGGGCUGCUUGCUUUGGAUCUGCAGUUCAACAAUAUCACGGCGGUAGGCGGCCGCAUCGUUGAACAAGUUCUCCUCUUGAACCAAGAGAUCAUUAUCGUUGAUUUACGAAACAACAAUGUUGUCAUCUGUGACUCGCUUGAGGUCAAUGUGUCGCUUCAAAAGACUCGACCAAAGAACGGCCAGAUACGUUCGUUUGCCUUUGCGGUCGGUAACGCUGAUGGGAUAUUCGAGAGCGAGUGCAGCACCAAUCAAUGGCUCGUCCACUCAGAGGAUCCAGAUCUUCAGUGGCUCGAUGGGCACCGCCCGCUCAAGGAUACGUUCCGCAUACCCGUGUCCGAUGUCACCCGCAAGCACCAUUACCCGACUAGCUCAUCGAUUCGCAAGCGUGUCUUCUCUGUAGCUGCGACUCGAUCGUCCAAGCCGGGUGAAUCUCCUUCCGGAACGAACGCAAAGGAUAGCACAUACACAUCCACUCAGCCUCGCUCCAGACGCACUGGCUCAGAUUGCCACCCAAGCCGCCCAAGUGCACCCUUGCAUUUUCAUACGGGAUCCAGAUGGACCAUGGAUCCGGGCUCCUCGGCCCGAUCGACGUCGAUGACCCGCCUUGCACAUCCUCCCCGACCGACGCAGACGGACCGCAAAAGAAAGGCGUCGCAACGGGUCGAUCAUGGUUUCAAUCGCGAGAACGAGUCCAUUGCCCUGCCUUCAAUACGGUGGCAGUAUGCCACCACAACAGUAGCAAGCAGUGCUGAGAUGCAUCAACACACCGACAAUCUCGGGAUAGCGUCGAUGUGGCACUCACUGUCUGGCACCGCCCAUAUGUCGCCGGUCGUAACCCAAGACGCCAAUCCACAGGUGGCGAGAGUGUGCUCUUCGGGAAGCUCCCGAGAAAGCGCUCUGAAGGAUGAUAUGCAACGAACAUGCCGCCACAGCGAACAGGGCGAGCCAUCGCAGGACAAAGCACUAAGAGAAGCUGAAAUCAGCCAUCAUAGCAAAGCGCUCAGCGGACGAUCCGCUCCCAGUCCAAGUAGCCACAGCAGCGCUGGGCUGAGGGAAGAAAAUGAAUACCUGCGGAUGAGAAUCAAAACGCUUGAGGCUAAGCUAAUGGGCCAGCUAUCAGCAUCAAGAGCCGCGCCCAAUCCCAGCAUGGUCACAGAAGUCGGUCCGAGUCCCAGCGCUCAAGCUAGCGCGCCGAAGCGGCACUCACGCACUUCAGGUUUCCCCAAUUUCAAAGGCGAAACCAGCUCCAUGGACCGGGAUUCACAUCCUCGCACCCGAAUUCAAGUUCCCGAUCUUUUCCGAAUCAAGUCAGCGACUUUGCCGCAGGAGAGCCCCGAUGAGUGCGGUGUCGAGCGCACAGCGACAGAGCACAAUGCCAGUCCCCCUGCCUGUCAUUCAGAGCUGGGCGGCUCUGACGUGUCAUCCGGCUUUGAUGGCUCUCCAACAUCCAAGCCUGUCCAAGCAUCGGCCGAUGUUCUCUUUGAGGCCACCCAUGCGAUUCCUGCUGAUCCAUUUGUGACGAGCGGCGUUUUGUCGCCAGGUCCUCCUCCUCCAAUGCAGCAAGGGCCUUCUAUAGUACCGACAGAGAUGGAUCAUGACAGGCGUCCGAUGCAUAUUUCCGAGCUACACGAUCAAUCGUGCAACAGUGGCGAUACUCGACCGUGUGACAACGGAUAUGCCUCGCCAGGGCCACGGAGAGGCGGCACGAAAUCGGAUUCUGAGCUCAAUCGACUGCACGAGUCUCAAGAUCAACUCCGGGCGAAUGCUACAGCGGGUGUAUCGGAAGUGCUGUCGGCUACGCCUCUGGUUGACCAAACUCUGGUUGGUCUCCUCGAGGAGAUGGAGCAGGCACUCUUCAACUUUCACCAUAUCCUCGCGCGGUUUGAAGACGAGUCGAUGCCAAAGCAAGUGCCACAAAUCCAUGAGUCUGAGCCGGAAGCGGCCCACAAAGCUGUUGGGGGUGACCGGACUCAAGCCACGGAUCAUCACGAAGGCUUGAUCGUACUGGACACAGGCAGCCUCGGAGCGGGCAACAGGGCGACGACAGCCCAGGUCGCAUCCGAAGCCUGCAACUCAAGUUGCGAGGCUCUGGGGCACUUGCAAAUCCAAGAGGCUGCCGAAGCACUCGCACACUGCCUUGAGGGCUUCAACUCGAAUGAAAAGCUGCGGCAGUACCUGGGCCUCGGCCGUUCCGCCGGCAGCAUCCCGGACGAUGAUCGAGUGUUUGGACCUGUGAGCGAGGACGAAGCCUUGCUUGUGCACAAGAUUGUGCGGCUGCGUGGAACGAUCUGCGGGAGUGCCCAGUCACCCGCAUGUCAGCCGUCCUUCAUGUCGGAGGUGGUUCUCGGCGAGAGCCUCUGCCCACGCGAGUCACUCUCGCCGAGAAGCAAACAGGCGCCUUCGGAUCCCCAUCCCAUCAUGACGGCCCAGCCUGUAACAUUUAUCCGCAUCAAGCGAAAGCGCAAUGAAGAUCCGGUCGAUGCCCUGGUGAUCAAUAACACCAACAGCGCCCUGGAGAAGAAACAAAAGCUCGGAGAAGAAACACAUGAGCAGAUAUUCCACCUCGCCACCACGCUGGAGAUCCAGGAAUACGACCAAGGAGAUAGGCCUGCUCGACUCAAGGAGGUUUUUGCCAAGAGGAAGCUACUGCCGAAAAAGUCGUCCAAAAUCAUGUGUCCACCAGACUCUUCGCUCAAGAAGGACAUGCUGGCAACGUACCUGCAAGAGUCUAGACAAGCACGAUAUCGAGUCAUGGCCCGAAACCGAAUGAUUGACGAAAGCGAGUUUUCUUGCGAGAUCGUCGAUCUGAAGGCUGACACGCCAGAUGCAGCAGCGUCGUUCCGAUCUACGGCUGACACACUCGUCCCGCCUGGAAGCAGGCCAGACCAGGAACAAGAGACUGAGCAAGACACCAAUGGGUCCACCGAGGAUCAAAUCAUGUGCAAUCUCAUGCCGAUGGUCCGAGAGUAUCUCAAGGUGUCCGGUGCACCCGCAGAGGACGAAUACGUAUACGACAUAUACUAUGCCGACCACACCCUCAAGCCAGCGAUAGGCGGAUCGGUUGCCACAGUCGAAUGGGAUCAGCCCCAUGAUGCGCUGAUAUUUGAUGAUGAUGACGAGGACAACUCGGACGACUAUGGCGAUGAGGACUCCAAUGCGGAAGACUACUGCGCUAACGACUAUCCGGAUGAAGAUGACAGCGAGAUCUGGUCCGAUGAAGAAUACAGCGACUAUGAACACGAGUCACAUGCCUGGGGUCAUGAUCAGGGCGACGAUGACGCGCGGUUGCCUCUCAACCAGCAUGAUGUCCUGUCCUAUCAUGUCCUAUCAUGUCCGAUCAUGUCUGCUGUCUCAUAG